AUGGCUGCGUUAUCCUCCACUAACUUCGCCUCCAACGAAUCGACUUCGAACACCCGACGGCCUUCCCGUGUCAUGACAUUGACAUCCAGAAAGCUCAUGGAAUUGCCUCUUGACGUUUCUCGAUUAUUCAAGCAGCACUCCUCGCAAUUCGGAAUUUGGGCCAUGAGCGGCUGGGCAUUAGGGAUUGACAAAGUCUUUCGGUCCUUUUUUCACUAUCAAGGAGACUCUCAGGCUACACUCUCGGACACUGAGAGGAACGAUAGAACCUUAGAGGCGUGGACGGAGACAUUGGAACGUAUUUCGCGGGCCUGGAAGUUCGCAGCCGUGGCGUCAGCUUUCCUCUUUCCGUCGUCGAUUGGUCUCAUGGCGAUUGAGUGCGUCCUCCGCACGAGGGUCGCGCUCGUUUGCGCCAUCGCUGCGCUCCUCUUCUCCGUCGCUAGUUUGACGUCAAGUUUCCUCCUCGCUACUAUGAGACCGACGCUUCAGUCGGCUCAGAUAUCUAACCUUUGGGUCGAGGCUUCCACAAACUACGUCCAGACGCUUUCCGUAAUCGAAUUUUGGACUGCCCUUGCAUUUCCUGUGUGGUCUGUCGCAUGGUGCAUCAUCCUGAUCACGACUACACCAACAGGUGACCUUGUCCUCAUUCACGGCUUCGUGCUGCACAAGUCGGAACGAAACACGAAACCGCACACCCAAUUCGCCUACACGUUCGACAUGAUCAAAUCUCCGCCGUACACGAACUACGACGAGAAUAAUUCGCUCCAACCGGCAAAGGAGAUGCCUUUCUCGAAGAUCCUGCCUCCAGGAGAGAUCAACAACGUCCCUCAGACUGUCUUCGCCUCCGCAUAA